UUCAAUUUCAUUGAUUUCUGCUCUUGUAUUUAUUACUUCCUUCCGCUUAGUUUGAGUUUUCUUUUUCUAGUUUCUUGAGGUGGGAGCUUAGAUUAUUGAUUUAAGACCUUUCCUCUUUUCUCAUAUAAACAUUUAGUGCUAUAAUGUUCCCUCUAAACAGUGCUUUAUCUGUACCCCACAGAUUUUGAUAUGUUACAUUUUUCGUUUUCAUUCAUCACAUUUUAAUUUCCUUUGGGACUUCAUCUUUGAUCCAUGGAUCAUAUAGAAAUAUAUUAUUUAAUUUUAAAGUAUCUGGAGAUUCUCCUGUUAUCUUUCUGUUGUUGGUUGAUAGUUCUAUGCUAUUAUAAUCAGAGAACAUACUUUGUACGACUUCAAUUUGUGGAGGUGUUUUAUGACCCCCGGUAUGAUCUAUUUGGAGAAUGUUCAACAGGUGCUUGAAAGGAAUGUGCAUUCCAUUAGUGUUUGGCUGGAGAAGGCUGGGUAUCUUCAAAAAGGUUUUCUGUUCAGUGAAGUCAACUUUUUCCUGGUCGUUUAACAGGAAUGGCUUUUCUUGGAGCCAUAUUGUUUUGGCGGGGGGAGUCUGUUCCUGUUCAUGGUUCUGAGUUGUAAGUUUCUCCAGUACCUUUUGAUGACAUAUGAGAGGAUAAAGGAAAACCCAGGGAACUCAACCACUGUGCUGUUCAAUUCCUGAGGUCUGCAAGCUGUCCUCCUUACCUUUCUACCUUUCAGAGUCUUCCGAUUUGUGUUUGUUGUUUUAAUUUUUUUUCUGGUCUCUUCUACAUGUACUUCUUCUUUCUUUUCUGUUUUUUUUUGUUUUGUUUUGUUUUGUUUUGUUUGAUAGAGUCUCACUCUGUCACCCAGGCUGGAGUGCGGUUUGUGUGAUCUCAACUCAGUGCAACCUCUGCCUCUUGGGUUCAAGCGAUUCUCCUGCCUCAGCCUCCCGAGUAGCUGGAAUUACAGAGUUCUUGGAGUCUCUGCGGAGUCCCUGGGCCAGAUCUCAUAGUGAAGGCUGCAGGAUCUUCCUUCUGACCCCAGCAGUCCCCACUGAGUCCACCGAUCCCACUGGAAUUAUAGAGUUGUCAGCAACAAAGGCCCAGGGCUGAAGUCCAAGUCCGUCGGGAACAUGCCAGCUAACGAGGACGCUCCCCAGCCAGGGGAACAUGGCAGUGCCUAUGAGCCUCCUCAUAGAAAACAAAACAAGCUGACCACUGGUGAGAAGAGACAGUAGAGCUCCAAGGUUUGGGAACAUUUCACAAAUAAGUAUCAGUGUCAUUUGAGGAUGUGACUGUGGACUUCAGUAGAGAGGAGUGGCAGCAACUGGACUCUACUCAAAGACGCCUGUACCAGGAUGUAAUGUUGGAGAACUACAGCCACCUGCUCUCAGUGGGGUUCAAAGUUCCUAAACCAGAGGUCAUCUUCAAGUUGGAGCAAGGAGAGGGGCCAUGGACAUUGGAAGGGGAAGCCCCACAUCAGAGCUGUUCAGAUGGGAAAUUUGGAAUUAAGCCUUCCCAGAGGAGAAUUUCUGGAAAAUCUACAUUUCAUAGUGAAAUGGAGGGUGAAGAUACAAGAGAUGAUUCAUUAUACUCUAUUUUAGAAGAAUUGUGGCAAGAUGCUGAACAGAUAAAGAGAUGUCAGGAAAAACACAACAAACUUCUGAGUCGCACUACUUUCCUCAAUAAGAAAAUAUUGAAUACAGAGUGGGAUUAUGAAUAUAAAGACAUUGGAAAAUUUGUUCACCCAAACCCAAAUCUCAUUCUUUCACAGAAAAGACCCCAUAAACGUGAUUCAUUUGGGAAGAGUUUUAAGCAUAAUUUAGACUUACGUAUUCAUAAUAAAAGCAAUGCAGCAAAGAACCUGGAUAAAACUAUUGGGCAUGGUCAAGUUUUUACCCAGAACUCUUCUUAUAGUCACCACGAAAAUACACAUACAGGAGUGAAGUUCUGUGAACGUAAUCAAUGUGGAAAAGUCCUCAGCCUCAAACACUCACUCAGUCAAAAUGUGAAAUUUCCCAUUGGAGAGAAGGCAAACACAUGUACUGAAUUUGGGAAGAUCUUCACCCAGAGGUCACAUUUCUUUGCUCCUCAGAAAAUUCAUACUGUGGAAAAACCUCAUGAGCUUAGCAAAUGUGUAAAUGUUUUUACACAGAAGCCACUACUCAGUAUAUAUCUGAGAGUUCAUAGAGAUGAAAAACUCUACAUAUGUACUAAAUGUGGGAAGGCCUUCAUCCAGAAUUCAGAAUUAAUUAUGCAUGAGAAAACUCAUACUAGAGAGAAACCCUAUAAAUGCAAUGAAUGUGGGAAAUCAUUUUUCCAGGUGUCAUCUCUACUCAGGCAUCAGACAACUCAUACUGGAGAAAAACUCUUUGAAUGCAGUGAAUGUGGUAAAGGCUUCUCCCUGAACUCAGCCCUCAAUAUACAUCAGAAAAUUCACACUGGAGAGAGACAUCACAAAUGCAGUGAGUGUGGGAAAGCCUUUACCCAAAAAUCAACACUCAGGAUGCAUCAGAGAAUUCAUACAGGAGAGAGGUCCUAUAUCUGUACUCAAUGUGGGCAGGCCUUCAUCCAGAAGGCACACUUGAUUGCACAUCAAAGAAUUCACACUGGAGAGAAGCCUUAUGAAUGCAGUGACUGUGGGAAAUCUUUCCCUUCUAAGUCACAACUCCAGAUGCAUAAGAGAAUUCACACAGGAGAGAAACCCUAUAUAUGCACUGAAUGUGGGAAGGCUUUCACCAACAGGUCAAAUCUCAAUACUCACCAGAAGUCUCAUACUGGAGAAAAGUCUUAUAUAUGUGCUGAAUGUGGGAAGGCCUUCACCGACAGGUCAAAUUUCAAUAAACACCAGACCAUUCACACUGGAGAGAAACCAUAUGUUUGUGCUGAUUGUGGGAGGGCCUUCAUCCAGAAGUCAGAGUUGAUUACACAUCAGAGAAUUCAUACUACAGAGAAGCCUUAUAAAUGUCCUGACUGUGAGAAAUCCUUCUCCAAGAAACCACAUCUCAAAGUACAUCAACGAAUUCACACAGGGGAGAAACCAUAUAUAUGUGCAGAAUGUGGGAAAGCCUUCACUGAUAGGUCAAAUUUCAAUAAACAUCAGACAAUUCAUACUGGAGAUAAACCGUAUAAAUGCAGUGACUGUGGAAAAGGGUUCACCCAGAAAUCAGUUCUCAGUAUGCAUCGCAAUAUUCAUACAUGAAAGUAAUCCUGUUUCUUGAAAAUGAGAGCCUUAUAAGGCUGACAAAAGUCAGGUCUAACUAUAUAUUAUAAAAUUCAUCCAAGACAGAUCCUAUAUGAAUAUGUUGUAUAAGGAAAAGCAUCAGGCUAUCUCACUUGAGAUGGAAAAAAAUUAUUCAGAAGAAACUCUCUUAAAAAUGCAUUGAAGGAGAGAGAAUUUGCACAGCCUCAUGAAAUAUAGUAAAAGUCAUACUGGGAAAAAUGUUGUCAGUUUGGUGUGUUAGGAAAAGCCUUCCUAUAGAAAGUAUUAUAAGUUAAAUUGUUACCAAAUUCUUUAUAGGAAGGAGAGUGCAAAAUUAUGUAAAUGAUGGUCAGGUUUACUGUGUUAUAUUAAGCAAUUUAAAGUGAUAACAAAAUGAAAGGUAGUGCAGCAAAAUAAUGUAACUGAUGAGUAGACCUACUGCCAGUUCUAUAGGGUGUUUGUGGCAGAACACAGUGCAUAACAGGAGGAAUAUUAAAAUUUUUUCAAAUUUAGAAUAAUUAUGUCCAUCAAAUGUUUCUUACUGAAUAUGUCUAUCAAAUAUGUUUCUUACUGAUUAUUUCUAUCAAGUGAGUCCACAAUUUAAAAGUCACUUUGGUUUUAUAUAUACACACAUCUGCAGAUAUAAUUUUAUAAGAACACACAAAUAUAAUCCUAUCAUUCGUACUGGUUUCCAUGACAUAGUAUCUUGUUUUCUUUUGUUGUGGUACAAUGCAAAGUAGCCACAGAUUCCUUCCAUCCCAAGUAGCGUCUCUUUGUCUACUACUUGACUUUGAACUUGGCCAUGUGACUUUCUUUGGCCAAUGGAAAUUAGCAGAGAAUCAAUAAGAAGCUGGAGAAGUGUGCAAAGCCUGCCUUGAAGCUUACCCUCUCGCUGCUCUUUGCAAACCUGAAGAAUCUCAAAUUGCCCCACUGGGGGGUGAGGAGCCACCACAUGGAGCAGUGGUGAGCCAGCCUUGCUGAGGCCCCUUAGACCAAGUAGCCUGCCAAUUGUCAGAAUUGGGAGUGAGGUUUUCCAAGACCUCUAGCACCAGCUGAGCCAGCCUAGCCCAGAAGAGCCAUACCAGUUAUUCCAGCUGAUUUACGGAAUUGUGAGAUAAAUAAAAUGAUUAUAGUUUUAAGCAA